AUGAAGUUCCUUGAAGCAAAUAACAUCAAAUUGUGUCAAUUUGGAAUUGCUGGUAAUAAGGAACCAUUUGUUCAAAUUCCUGAAGACAAAAUAUGUGAUGCGCUAGCAGUUAUACUAGAUCGACGCAAUCAUCCAAUAUUGAUUCAUUGUAAUAAAGGAAAGCAUCGAACAGGCUGCCUUAUAGGAUGUCUUCGAAAAUUGCAAAGAUGGUCCCAUACAUCAAUCUUUGAUGAAUAUCGAAGAUUUUCACAUCCUAAAUCAAGGUCACUAGACCAACAGUUUAUUGAGUUAUUUGACACAUCUCAAGUUUGGAAAUUAGUGGAUAAAAUGUUUAUUCCAAAUUGGGAUGUGAUCCAUUUUAAAAUUUAUGCGUGA